UUCGCCUUGAAAAUCUAGCAAAUCAAUUGCUCGCUGGCCCUCAAUAUGUCUUGUUCAGCUUUUUAUCCUUCAUGUUGAUGACAUCAAGUCAUGGGUUCUUCAAUGAUCAAGAGAAUCUUGCCGAAAGCUUUUAUGCCAGAAAUUCCGAGGAUGAAAUUCUGAGAAUGUCCUCAUGUGGGGAAUUACGGUCAGGUCUUGCACAGUCCUUGUGCCUGAUUGCCUUGAGACACAUCAAAUCCUCCCGACCGUCUCAGGCGUGGAUGACUAUAGGAAAUGCCUCGCGACUGUACUCUAUGCGUGCCCUAUUCAACAGGAACGCUGCUGUCGUUCCUGAAGAUGAUUCUGAAGCCAGGGGCUAUUGGAGUGUGUUUGUUCUUGAACGUCUCUUUCUCCCUUACGUUUCGGAACUUCCAGCCACCAAAAUACCUGGGUAUCCCCAAAGUGCUCCUCUACCACCCCCGCCUCGGUCUUCUACCACGGUCGGUAACUCUGCAAUCGGAUCGGCUCCAGAAACCGUCGAGGAGCCUCCAGACAAAGACAUUGGGAUCAACGGGUAUUGCCUGGGCAUCAUCUCUAUAUGGGGUAAACUUAAAUUAUACUUGAAUCACUUAUCGCAAGGCGAGGUUGAGAAACCAUGGUUGGCGGAUUCACAACAUACGAAACUAGGGAUAGAACUUAUUGAGUUCGAGGCCCGGCAUAGCAAGCAUCAUUUACUUCUCAAUGUCGCAUUUCCGAACCGAUCUGCGGCAGAGGUUAACCAGCAUAGCGAGUAUUGGAACCCUUGGAUGAUGACAGAAGUAUUAUGGCAUGCUGCGCAGGCCAUUCUAAACCAUCCAUUUCUGCAUCUCGUUGUCUUACGAUCACAAAAGGAUAUACCUCAGUCCUGUGUUUUUCUUCAGCAAAAGGUCGACAUGGCUUUAUAUCAUGUAAGCUGGCUGUUUCAGAUUCUUCAAUUCAGUGAGGGAUUGAUGGUGAUCUCCAAUCCAUUGAUUGGUGAUGCUAUUGCCUCCUGUGCUACUGUUCUAUGGCUAUUCCAAUUUUCGAAAGAUGCAAAGGUGGCACAACGAACCCGUGACAAUCUUGACACAUGUGAGAAGCUCAUGAACAUCAUGGCACAUAUGUGGCCACAUAUUUCACAAAAGCUUACAACAUUGAGAAAGUUACGGAUGCUCGCAGAUCAGAACCGUGCACAGGCAGCACAUCAUGAAACAACCAUCAAUUACAAGCCGGAGUGGCUCUGGGAUCUCCUCCUCCCAAGCUUGCCAGAGAUGAAUAACACGUUGGGUCCGAACCCUACUGCCGAAUCUGGGCAUGAUAGCACAUCGAAAAUAAGACUUAAAUCGCACUUCAUUGACCGGUUCCCUGACGAGUCUGACGCGGAUCAAGAACAUGAGCGUUUGAAUGCCGCUCAAUUUUCCUUGGACUCGUUUCCCAUCGGUCUGGACGACCUUGAACAAUUCCGCAUUGAGGAAUUAUCCCGUGGCUUCCUAGAAACCGAUUUCUGGAAUAUGGUCAAUGACUAG